ACGGGGGCCCGUUUCCCCGUUUGUUUCGCGUCUUCCUCACACUAAACCGAGGCUUUGUGCGGGAGGCAGGGUGUAUCAGAUGCAUCUUUACGCCGCCAGCAUCUGUAUAGGAUUUUCUAAACGUAGAAGGCGUCCUGUGAAUGUGGAAUGACUGAAGUUGGGGAGACAAUAGACGGGAGUGAGGAUGAGAAGGUUGGAGAAGAGGGACGGGGUCGGAAGUUGGUGUUUAUAGAGGUGCUUAGCAAAGGGGGGCAUCGAGUCAGCCUGGUAGGACUUCCCUUUAGACAGGGGUUCUGUCUUGAUAACUUGGAAAAAGAUGGACAUGGGACACCUAAAGGUCUAGGGACAAACUCGUUUGGAUGUUAAAUUUCGUUGUCCCCUUCACUUCACUGGGAAUUUGAAGACUAAAGGAAGAAUUUAAGAGAAUUUCACCAACUGUCUAAAAAGACAGUAUGCUCAAGAAAUGAAAGAGAUACCUUAUUUACUACCAGCUUACUGACAAGCCCCAACAUGCCUCGCCGAUUCCUUACAUUGCAUCUUGCUACACUCAAAAUAGUUUGUGCCCUGUCAUCAAACUCAGAGCUUGCAGUUGGCCUCAAGGGUGUGUGAAUCCUAUUUCUUCCCGGAGGGUUUACUACAGUGGGGCUAAAUACACUUACCUUAGAUAGGAAGCUACGUUAGGUGAUAUGACCUCUAACUGCCUGUCCAAUUUUUAAGAUCUUUGUCUUUGAACCUUACUUCAGGAUACAGUACGUCAUCUUUGGGAAGGAAAAGAUGCUGGAACCCCAGGAGAGUGGCUUGGUUGACCUACCAGAUUAUGAGCAUAUAGAAGAUGAAAUUUUUCCUCCUUUCCCACCUCCAGCUACUCGAGGAAUAGACGAUGGUGAAGGAGCUGAACCUUAUGAGUCAGGGAGAGAAGCACCUGUUCCUGUACCUCCAAAGAGAACAGUUAAAAGGAAUAUACCCAAGCUGGAUGCUCAGAGAUUAAUUUCAGAAAGAGGGCUUCCAGCAUUAAGGCAUGUGUUUGAUAACGUUAAAUUCAAAGGUAAAGGUCAUGAGGCUGAGGACUUGAAGACACUAAUCAGACACAUGGAGCACUGGGCACAUAGGCUAUUCCCUAAACUGCAAUUUGAGGAUUUUAUUGACAGAGUUGAAUACCUGGGAAAUAAAAAGGAAGUUCAGACCUGUUUAAAACGAAUUCGACUUGAUCUCCCUAUUUUACAUGAAGAUUUUAUUAGCAAUAAUGAUGAAGAAGGGAAAAAUAGUGGCCAUGAUGUAACUGCUACCAAAUUAGAACCCUUUUUGACAAAUUCAUCUGAAAGUGAGAAGUUUGCUUCUGAGUCAAGUAGUAGAAGCCUAACAGAAGAACAAUGUCAAAGAAUUGAAAGAAAUAAACAACUGGCUUUGGAAAGACGUCAGGCAAAGCUACUGAGUAAUAGUCAAUCCCUACAAAACGACUUGUUAGAGGACACCCCCAGGGCACAGACAGUUGAAGAGGUUAAUCCAGGUGAGGACAAAGAGGAGGAGUCCUCGGAUGGAGUUAACAUGGACAUUCUAGACAGUCCACUGAAUGAUGCUGCUGACCAUACUAUAAAUGAAGAAGAGGCAUUAAAAUUAGAGAAAACACAACUGGACCAAUCCUUUAAAAAUGCCCAGUAGUAACUUUAUGCUUCAUCUAGAAAUGUCACUGAGGUUGGAUAGGCCUCAACUAAGAGAAAAAUCUAUAUUUGCUAUCCAAGUUUGAGAUUACUAUAUAUUUAACUUUUACAGACUCCUGUCUAAAAUCUCGUAUUUGUAGUUGUUUCUUUAGUGUUCAUAGAUAAUGACCACAAAAAUGAUUAGUAGUUAAUAAGCAGUUUCUGCUUCUAGUGUGCUAUUAAAUGUCUUUUUUCACUAAAUUGGGUGGUGUUUUAAGAUGUAAAUAUUGAAUGAAUAUUAAAGUCCACUUUUAAAAAGAAAUAAAAAUCUUACUGUCUCUAGA